AUGACCACUUUAAAUCAGAAUUCGUUAACAUUAUGCAAAGUGAUUCUAUAUGGUUUAAAAUCGUGUGAUUUAACUUACAAUGCUUUACAAGAAGACGAUACUUUAAUUGAUAAAGAUAAAAAACGAAAUUCAUUAUCUUACGGUAUAUCACCAACCGUUAAAUUAGAUCAAAAUGAUUAUUUAAAUAUUCACGUAAAACCAGUAGCAAAUGAAGAACAUAAACGAAAUGAUCAUGAAGUAAGUCCAGUUCGAAUUUUAAUUCGAGAAACAUCACAUGGUAAACAUAAAGUGUGUGUUUCACAAACAUUACUGCGAACACAUACAUCAGAAGUGUAA